ACACGUUUCGGGCCGGGCCCUGCUUCCAACAAGCUGCACCUGGCCCCUGCUGCUGUCCCCUGCCUUAAAGCUGGGGCCGGGAGGUGCAGGUGGGGGUCUGCGCCCAUGGAUGGCGGCUCGCUGCUGGAGAGGUACCUGGAGCACUGCACCGGGCAGGAUGACCUCUCAGCUAGUCCUCAGCUGUUUACUCCCAUGAGCCCUUAUGAUGUGGACCUUCCAAUCCAAACUGAAGAUGGAUCAUUUGGUUCUCAAUUUAAUCAGCCCAAGGAGCUUCCUGCAGACUUCUCCUCUGUGGACCUCAGCUUUCUUCCAGAUAUUACUCAGGAUAACAAAGAACAAAACCUAUCUGAGGAUGGUCAUGAAAUGCAAGAGAAGCUUGAUGGGUCAGUAUCAAGAAAUCAGGACAGUGGUAUCUUCGUGAAUGAAAGCAGCUUAUCGUGCCCAGAUGCAACUCAGCCAUCCCCUGAAGAGUCCAGUGUGUGUCCCCCUCUGACACCAAUGACUCCUGUGACCCCAGUGACACCUGCUUCAGAAAGCUCUGGCAUAGUUCCUCAGUUACAGAAUAUAGUGUCGACUGUAAACUUGGCUUGCAAACUAGAUCUGAAGAACAUAGCUCUGCAUGCCAGAAAUGCAGAGUAUAACCCAAAGAGAUUUGCUGCAGUGAUCAUGAGAAUCAGGGAACCACGAACAACAGCCCUUAUCUUCAGUUCAGGAAAAAUGGUCUGUACAGGAGCAAAAAGUGAAGAGCAGUCACGGCUCGCAGCAAGGAAGUACGCGCGCGUGGUGCAGAAGCUGGGCUUCCCUGCCAAGUUCCUGGACUUCAAGAUCCAGAACAUGGUUGGGAGCUGUGAUGUGAGGUUCCCCAUCCGGCUGGAGGGGUUGGUUCUCACUCACCAGCAGUUCAGCAGCUAUGAACCUGAACUAUUUCCUGGCCUUAUUUAUAGGAUGGUCAAACCAAGGAUAGUGUUGCUUAUCUUUGUGUCUGGAAAAGUUGUACUGACUGGGGCAAAAGAGCGUUCUGAAAUCUAUGAGGCAUUUGAGAACAUCUAUCCCAUUCUAAAAGGUUUCAAGAAAGCGUCAUAACAUGGCCCAUAAAGAAACUAGCAGUAAUAUGCGGGUUUGUAAUACAAGGCAUGGAAUAGAAGCCAAGGGUAUUCCUGGACCCAAUUGUACAAGUGUGGACUAUUAAGCAAAUGACACUAUUAUGAUUGCUAUAAAUGCUGAUGCCUUGCUA